CAGAGCACAACCACAAAAUUAACUUCAUCUUCAUCUUUCUCUUCGCUUAAGAAUGGUGAGCUCGACGCCAUUGUCGUCUUCUUUCUUACCUGUUCCUGGGAAAUUGUCUGCUCAUGGCCAUCGUCCGAGCCAAACAACUAUCUGCUUCUCUCAGAAACAGUCGUCUCUCCGUGUUCGCGCCGUAAAACUCCCUGAAGGGAUGAUAGUGCCAAAAAAGGAACCAGAAUUCAAGCCAGCGUUUCUGGGAUUCACAUAUACAGCUGAAAUAUGGAACUCUAGAGCUUGUAUGAUCGGUCUCAUCGGAUCCUACAUUGUUGAGCUGAUUCUGAACAAAGGAAUACUUGAGUUGAUUGGUGUUGAAAUUGGGAAAGGGCUUGAUCUUCCUCUCUAAUUUUAUUCUUCUUCUUUCAAAUCUGGUCACAAGAAUCUUUGCAAUACUCUUUUGGCUUAUCUCUCAUAUUCUCAUGUAAACAAAGAACUUACAAGCUAUAAUUCUCCAUUAUAUAAAAUAAACAGUUAAACACA